AUGUCCCGCGCUCAACAACCCGAACUCAAAAAGUACAUGGACAAGCCCGUCCGUCUACACCUCAACGCCAACAGGUACAUCAGCGGGACCCUCCGAGGAUACGACAUGUUCCUCAACUUGGUCCUCGAUGACACCAUGGAGGACGUCGGGGGUGGGGAGACGGUCCCGAUCAAGACUACCGUCGUCCGUGGAAACUCGGUCGUCUCGAUAGAACUGCUGCACAACCAGCGGGUUUACCGAUAA